UGGAGAGGCACGUGCUUCCCAGACGCCUCCGCGCCGCCUUCUUCUUUUUCUCCAGCAAAUAAGGAAGGCUGUAACCAAAACCCUAGUCGGCUUCGCCUAAUCAUUGUCAUCGAAGGUGAAGUAUUUGAUUCGAGUUCGAGAGGGCUCGGAUUUUUGUUUUGCUGUGCGUUCGGGAAUGGCGACGUUUGAUGAAGCACCGCCCGGCAACGCCAAAUCGGGAGAGAAGAUCUUCAAAACCAAGUGCGCUCAGUGCCACACCGUCGACAAGGGCGCUGGCCACAAGCAAGGACCAAAUUUGAACGGUCUGUUUGGGAGGCAGUCUGGCACAACUCCUGGCUACUCAUACUCUACUGCCAACAAGAACAUGGCCGUCAUUUGGGGAGAGAAUGCACUGUAUGACUACUUGCUUAACCCAAAGAAGUACAUCCCUGGAACCAAGAUGGUUUUCCCCGGACUGAAGAAGCCACAAGAGCGCGCCGACCUGAUAGCAUAUCUGAAGGAGGCAACUAGUUCAUGAUUGUUUUCGUCGCUUGUAUGCAGAGUUGUAAUGGGCGUCAACUGGAAUAGUAGUAUAAUUUGGUCAAACUGCAUGAUAAUAGGAAUUCUUUUUCCUGAUGAUGGUAGUGAAGCCUUUAAAUAAGAUAACGAUUAUUCAAUAAAAUUGAUAGACCGGACAGGUGUUUAUUAGGUCUGUGCUAGCUACGUACGCUGUUUUGUCUGAACUGAAGUGAAUGGCUAAAGCCAGCACUCUUCUCUGAGAAUUUUUUGCUGUCUUGCAUGGAACAUCUCACAUCUGGCAACUUCUUCACUAUGACCAUUUGAGUGUUUGAAAUACAUCUUUAAUAUGUUAAGCAAGACUUUUAAGCCUUAGAUUCA